UGGGAGUUAGAAGACUAUAAUCGAAUGCCAUCUAAUUUAUUAUUAGAAAGACUUGAGUGUCUAGCACGUCGAACAAUGCACCAUAUCAAUCCUCCACCGUAUGCACUAGCAGCAGGUAAUAUAAUAAAAAUGGCAUUAAUAUUGUUAAGGGCACGUGCGAAUGUUCCAGUUGUUCUUAUGGGAGAAGCCGGAUGUGGCAAGUCUAGUUUAAUAGGAUUCUUGGCCAAGGUAGUCGAAGUUAAUUAUGAACCAUUCAAUCUUCAUUCAGGAAUUAAGGAGCAAGAUAUAUUAGAUUUUAUGGACAAGGCUCAGAAAAUGGUUUAUAAUGGCGAGUUAUGGUUAUUUUUUGACGAAAUUAAUACCUGUGAUCACAUCGGGUUGCUUACAAAUUUGAUAGCACAUCGUAUGAUUAAAGGGAAGUUAGUGCAUCCUAAUAUUAGAAUAUUUUCGGCAUGUAACCCUUAUCGUAAAAGGAUCGAAGUUCAAAGUCAAUAUGGAAUAAAAACUAAGGUUAGAAGAUAUGAAGAACAAAGUGAUCUUGUAUAUCAAGUAAAACCGCAAAUAUUAGAUUAUGUUUGGGAUUAUGGCGCUCUCCUUCCAGUUGAUGAAAAAAGAUAUAUACAAGUAAUGGUGCAAACACGAUUUGGAGAAGGACACGAAUUAUUUACAGAGCUCCUAUUUACAUCGCAGCAGUUUAUUCGUACAAUUGAAGAAAAUUAUAGUGUUAGUUUGCGUGAUGUAAAACGAGCAAUUAAAUUAGUUUCAUUCUUUGAAGAAAGUCUUCGAGAGCGUUCAAGUUAUGGUUACUCGAUAGGAAAUAGAUACUAUCUAUCUCCUGAUAGUAUUAGUCUUCGAAUCCGUUGUUAUAUUUUAGCACUUGGCCUUUGUUAUCAAUCUAGAAUAUAUGAUCAAGAAUCACGUAGUAAAUAUCGGCAAGAAAUAAUUAAAAAUGCAAAUAUUGCGAUGAACGAGGCAUUAUUAGAAAAUGUUUUAGUGAUGAUUGUUUGUAUUCUUACCAAAAUUCCUGUGUUUAUUAUCGGUGAUCCUGGAUCAUCAAAAUCCUUAGCGAUUAAACUUGUGGGACAAAACCUUCGUGGAUCUGAUUCAAAUGAUAGAUAUUUCCGAAAACUUCCUCAGGUAUACCUUAUUUCCUACCAAGGGUCGUCAUCUUCAACUUCGGAUGGUUUCAUUAAAGUUUUUGGCAAAGCUAUUAAGUAUCAAGAAACCAUUUCAAAAGAAUUUUCUAUAAUCAAUAUUGUUGUUCUUGAUAAUGUCGGAUUGGCUGAGACUAACGUACACAAUCCACUUAAAAUACUUCAUGCAUUACUUGAACCAAAUUAUCCGUCUGAUGGGCCAGCUGUUUCCUUCGUUGGUAUUAGCAAUUGGAGAUUAGAUAUUGGUAAAUGCAGCAGAGCUUUAUUAGUUCAGAGGCCUAAAUUUGGUACUGAUGAUCUUGUCGAUACGGCGGUUUGUUUACUUGACUCUAAAUCGCAUAUAACGCGUGCUUCGCUUCGGCCACUUGCAGAAGCCUAUUCAGAAUAUGAAGGAUGUAAAUAUAUUUUGUUAAAAUUUUGUCAGGUUAUCUAA